GCCUGACCCGGUGACAUCCCGGCGCGCUCGCCGCGAGCUCAGGGCCACUCUGGUUCUCGGUGAGGCCGACUCCGUUCCGGCUGGAGGCUCCUGACUCCCUUGCUCGCCGACCCCUCGCGCGUGACGACCGAUCUCAGGCUGAGCAAUGGCGUUUCAAAAGGCAGUGAAGGGGACUAUUCUUGUGGGUGGAGGAGCCCUGGCCACUGUUUUGGGACUCUCUCAGUUUGCUCAUUACAGAAGAAAGCAAGUGAGCCUGGCAUAUGUGGAAGCAGCAGAAUGCCUCACGGAGCCUGUGAACAGGGAGCCUCCCUCCAGAGAAGCUCAGCUCAUGACUUUGAAGAACACAUCCGAAUUUGACAUCCUUGUUAUCGGAGGAGGAGCCACAGGGUGUGGUUGUGCACUAGAUGCUGUCACCAGAGGACUGAAAACAGCCCUUGUAGAGAGAGAUGACUUCUCAUCGGGGACUAGCAGUAGAAGCANUAAAUUGAUCCACGGUGGUGUGCGAUACCUCCAGAAGGCUAUCAUGAACUUGGAUGUUGAGCAGUAUAGGAUGGUGAAAGAAGCCCUUCACAAACGUGCCAACUUACUAGAAAUCGCUCCUCAUUUAUCAGCUCCGUUGCCUAUAAUGCUUCCACUUUACAAGUGGUGGCAGUUACCUUAUUACUGGGUGGGAAUCAAGAUGUANGACCUGGUUGCAGGGAGCCAAUGCCUGAAGAGCAGUUACGUCCUCAGCAAAUCCCGAGCCCUGGAGCAUUUCCCCUUGCUCCAGAAGGACAAGCUGGUAGGAGCCAUCGUCUACUAUGACGGACAACACAACGACGCACGGAUGAACCUCGCCAUCGCCCUCACCGCUGCCAGGUACGGGGCUGCCACGGCCAAUUACAUGGAGGUGGUGAGCUUGCUCAAGAAGACAGACCCCGAAACUGGGAAAGAGCGAGUGAGCGGUGCGCGGUGCAAGGAUGUGCUCACAGGGCAGGAAUUUGANGUGAGAGCCAAAUGCGUUAUCAAUGCCGCCGGCCCUUUCACAGACACCGUGCGCAAAAUGGAUGAUAAAAACGUUGUUCCCAUCUGCCAGCCCAGUGCNGGGGUCCACAUUGUGAUGCCCGGAUACUACAGCCCUGAGAACAUGGGACUUCUUGAUCCUGCAACCAGUGAUGGCAGAGUUAUUUUCUUCUUGCCUUGGGAGAAGAUGACAAUUGCUGGAACCAUGGAUACGCCGACGGACAUCACACACCAUCCUAUUCCUUCAGAAGAAGACAUUAACUUCAUCUUGAAUGAAGUGCGGAACUACCUGAGUUCUGACGUUGAAGUGAGAAGAGGGGAUGUCUUGGCAGCAUGGAGCGGAAUCCGACCCCGUGUUACCGAUCCCAAAUCUGCAGACACUCAGUCCAUCUCUCGAAAUCACGUUGUGGACAUCAGUGACAGUGGCCUCAUCACAAUAGCAGGUGGGAAGUGGACCACCUACCNUUCCAUGGCAGAAGAUACUGUGAAUGCAGCUGUCAAGUUUCACAACUUGAAGGCAGGACCGAGUAGGACAGUUGGGUUGUUCCUUCAAGGAGGCAAAGACUGGAGCCCCACACUCUACAUCAGGCUUGUCCAGGAUUAUGGGCUUGAGAGUGAGGUUGCACAACAUCUGGCCAAAACCUAUGGUGACAAGGCUUUCGAGGUGGCCAAAAUGGCAAGUGUGACUGGAAAACGGUGGCCUGUUGUUGGAGUGCGUCUUGUGUCAGAAUUUCCAUACAUCGAAGCAGAGGUGAAAUAUGGGAUUAAGGAGUAUGCCUGCACUGCAGUUGACAUGAUNUCACGGNGCACCCGCCUGGCCUUUCUCAAUGUUCAGGCUGCAGAGGAAGCCCUGCCUAGGAUUGUUGAACUAAUGGGCAGAGAAUUGAACUGGAGUGAAUUGAGGAAACAGGAAGAACUUGAAACAGCCACGAGAUUUCUGUACUAUGAAAUGGGCUAUAAGUCUCGAACAGAACAAUUUACAGAUAGUACUGAAAUCAGCCUGCUGCCUUCAGACAUCGAUAGGUACAAGAAGAGAUUUCAUAAGUUUGAUGAAGAUGAAAAAGGCUUCAUUACCAUUGUUGAUGUUCAGCGUGUCCUAGAGAGUAUCAAUGUACAAAUGGAUGAAAACACACUACAUGAAAUUCUCUGCGAAGUAGAUUUGAACAAAAAUGGACAGGUUGAGCUCCACGAGUUUCUGCAGCUGAUGAGCGCAGUUCAGAAAGGAAGGGUGUCUGGAAGCUGACUCGCCAUCCUGAAGAAACCUCUGAGGAGAACUUGGACCGCAGAGUUCCAAUCCCUGUGGACCGUAGUUGUGGAGGAUUGUGAGUCUGACCAGUAAAUCUGCAACCAGCAAGCAUAGGACAGCCAGCACUAUGUACAACCAGAGAUGACUUAAACUCUAAAAUAGUGGCUAUUGUAGCUGCCUUUUUUUAAACAAACAAACAAACAAGGGAAAAACACAAAAUCAAAGAAAGGAAAGGAAUAAGCAAGCAAGCAAA